GGAAUGAUGUAAACUAUAGCUAGUUAGUUAGUAAAAAUCCCUAACUAAUUAGAAAUACAGCUGUAACUAACUUUCUAAAACAGUCUUGUAACUAACUAAAUAAAACAACCUUUUAACUAACUAAAUAAAACAACCUUGUAACUAACCUUGAGAUAUCAAUAUAUAACAGUCUCCUAGCCUGAAAUAUGGCAGAGAAUUCUUUUGAAAAAUCAAUCCAACUUGAAUUACAUCAAUAUUGGUAAAAUGGUCUAUCGAUAAUGAAAAUCUAUAACUAAUACACAAGUGAUGGACUAACAAUUUAAAAUAUCAUCGUAUUUAUAAAUCACGUGGUUUUGUGACAUAUUUGCUAAUGCCAUAGAAACCUAAAUUAUAUAUACAUUUUAGGUUAGUCACGAUUUUGAGUCUAGAGUUUAGACUUUAGAGAAGCGUCGUAAAUGAACUCUUUAAUCUUUCAGGCCUUUGCGUCUGGAUCUAUAAUACAAUUGUUAAUUUCCUCUAUUCGUGAACAAAUUUAACUAUAUGUUAGUGAAUAAUCGCAUAAAUCUCAUUGUCGUUUCUUACCGUUCACAUUUUUACUUUUGAAAAUACUUUUGUUAUCAACUUAUCUAUGACAAUUAUCUUUAAACGAAAGAUUCUUUUUAAGUCGUCAUGUAUGAAACGAAGUGAUCUUUUCGUUCAUAUUCUUAACAGGUCGGUCUCUCUCCUGCUAUUCAAAAUCUUAGUACUGCCACAUCGAUGAAGAUGACCAAGGUUUUCCAAGCGUUUCUCAUGCUCCAACCCCAACUCGUAGACCUUAUCCACGAGAUGCAGCCAGAUUGUAUCGUUUCUGACGUCUUUUACCCAUGGACGAGUGAUGUGGCAGCCGAGCUCAGAAUCCCACGGCUUGCCUUCAACGGUUCAAGCUUCUUCAGUUAUUGUGCGGAACAAUGUAUAAAGGAGCAUAAGCCACAUCUUGAAGUUGAAUCCAACAAUGAAAAGUUCAAACUUCCGGGGUUGCCUGAUGUUAUUGAAAUGGUGAGAUCUGAGUUGCCAAGUUGGAUCACUAGACAUAAACCAGAUGGUUUCUCACAAUUGCUUGAUGUCAUUAGAGAAUCAGAGAAACGAUGCUAUGGAAUGUUGAUGAAUCGCUUUCAUGAAUUGGAAGCCUCAUAUGAAGAACACUUGAAUAAGAUUAUAGGGAUCAAAACAUGGAUCAUAGGGCCAGUAUCAUUGUUGGCAAACAAUGAAAUUGAAGAUAAAGAAUCAAGAGGUGGAAACCCCAACAUUCAAACCACCAACUUACUCCAAUGGCUCAAUGAGAAAGAACCAAAUUCAGUUCUCUACAUCAACUUCGGAAGCUUGAUUCAGAUGAGUCGUAACCAAAUAACCGAAAUAGCACAUGCGAUUCAAGAAUCCAGUCAAAGUUUCAUUUGGGUCAUAAAAAAGAACGACGAAGACAACGAUGACGACAUAGUAAACAAAGGGUUACAAAAAGGGUUUGAGGAGAGAAUGAGUAGAACCAAAAAGGGUUUGAUAAUAAAGGGAUGGGCUCCACAAUUGAUGAUAUUAGAGCACAAAGUGUUGGAGGGUUUUUGA